AGCAGAGAGCGCGCCGACUUGUCGACAUCUUGGCGGCAACUCCUCCUCGACGACGACGACGAUUGAGGUCGGCUCAGCAGAUAUGGCGACCUUUGCUGGGCCAGACGGUCGGCCAGUCUGGAGAGAGACAUCAUCGGAAGACGCUCACACGGUCAGGCUAGGAUCAAGUGGCAGUGGCGAGAAAGCCUUGUUCGCCUUGCGCGGCCUGAUUCAGCUCGUCAAGGCACCCGCCAAGACCGGUGAGGCACUCAGCAGCGCAAAGAGGAAUGCCUUGUCCGGGCUUGAUGGCUCCGUCAAGCGAAUCAAGCUCGAACAUGGCCAGAACGACAAGGCAUCGCAUGUUGCAUCGACAAGUGCCAUGCCGAUGGUCAACGGCGAUUCAAGUCCUGUUGCGGAAGACCGCAAGCCAGAGCAAGCUGCCUUUAGCAUUCCUGUCAUCAAGGACUCGAUGCUUCUGCAACUUGAGACGCCCAAAGAUGCUGCAGCAGACUCUUUAUGCUCGGAGCUGUCAGUCGCGCUCCAUUGGCCUCAGGGCUAUAGCAAGUCCUUCCCAGUUGAGCUCGAGCCUCCGCCUGCAGGCGGCAUCAGGAUCUUCACAGACGUGCCCGAACAAGGCAGGACAUUGCUUACAGAGCUCAGACUCCGUCAGGGACCGAAAAUGGGAAAAGCCCGUAUCCCAAGCUGGCAACUAGCAGCUGUCAUCUUGCAAGCCAAAGGCGCUGUCACUGUAGAUGCUACCGCUCAAUUUGUUCCUUCGAGGGCCGAUGCAGACAAGUCAAGGCUGCCGGCCCUCAAGCUUGAUAUGACCGUGUCGCUCCUGCCUAGCUUCUUCCAUCCAAAGGAUGAGCUCUCGCUCGAACGGAAAGCCCUCCAGGCUGCACUCUUUACCGAAGCAGACUUGCAGCUCGCCAAUCUCAAAGACGUGCGAAUGCGACAGCAAGUCGCAUACACGGGCGAAGAAGACACUGAGUUCUUAUAUAAUUGCUUGCCACCCGCACCUAUAGACGUGAUCGCCACCUACUCGCGAGCGCCCUCAUCAUUGCGCAAAGGGAAGGAACGGGGCGAUGCUGAUUCGGCCUUGGACGUGCUCGCGCCCGUUGAGCUUAUUUGCAAGCUGCUACCAUUCCAGUCUCGCUCUGUACGAUGGCUGCUACACCGCGAAGGCAAGCAAAUCGUGGGCAAAGAUAGUUCGUCAAUGGCAGAUGUGCCCGAUCAUGUCCAGACUGAGCUACGACGAGCUCUCACCUGGACAAAAAUAGGGAGGAUAGAUCUGCCAGACAAGCCUCCACUAGACGUCUGGCUUGAUCAGCUUACCGGCCAGUUCUCAAGUGUCGAUCCCGCCAAGCCUGAAGAUCGCUCGGUCAGAGGACGAACCGUUCUUGCGGAUUAUAUGGGAUGUGGGAAGACGGUAGAAAUACUGGCACUCAUCCUACUCAACCAAGACCGAUCUCGAAGUCACUUGCCUAGCUAUCGCAAUGAUGAUCUAGACACCGAUAUCGUGCCCAUCAGGACCACCCUCAUCAUAUGUCCUGCCACUAUUUUGCAACAAUGGGCAGACGAAAUUGAAAAACACGCACCAUCAGUCAGAGUACUUAUCUAUAAGGACGACUGUCUCGGAAAGCACACCCCACAGAGCGUCGACAAAAAUUUCGAUAUUGUCAUUUGUAGUUUCACCACGCUCAAGAGUAUGAUACACUAUGCGCGUAAACCUCGCAGAAUGCCUACCCGGCGAUGCGCGGACGAAAAGACGGGUGAAGCCACCCGAAAGACUUAUGAUCGUCCUCUCUUUGUCGAGGCAGAAUUCUUCAGAGUCAUCAUGGACGAAGUACAGCUGAACGGUACGGCUACAGCCAGCGCCGAGAUGUGCUCCUACAUUCAUAGAGUCCAUGCACACGCGGUCAGCGGCACACCCGUUGGCGAAUCCCUUCGCGACCUUCGUAGCGUCUAUGCAUUUCUCAAGCUACCCUGGCUCAGCCAAGAAGCGCCAUUCGAAGAUUUGCUUCGUCCACGCAAUGCGAGCUUGCUUGCGAGGAUUACUAACAAGCUAGGCGUAAGAGUUACGCGUGCAGACGUCGCAGCCGAAUUUGCUCUGCCUGCCCAACUACGUCAGAUCGUGCCUGUUACGCUCAGCAUGGUCGAGCAAUACCAUCGAGAUGCGACGUACGCCCAAGCUUGCAAUGAGCUCGGUCUCGAUCGAGCGGAAGGACCGCAGCCCGGCUGGCGGCCUUCUCUUGCGCUCAUGGGCAAAUGGCUAGAUACCCUACGGAGGCUCAACUGUCAUCCCGAGAUGGGAGAUGACAAUCGUCGGGCGGUCAAUCGGGGCGCGAACGUCACUGAGCUCAAGACACUCAGUCAGGUGCUUGAAGCGUUUGAAGCACAAGCAGCACAAGGCCGCUACACGGAUACCAUCAGAUUGCACAAGCAGCGCUUCAUCAGGGCACGGCUGAUCAGCUACGACAAUGAAGACUGCGAAUGCCUCGAGAAGGCCCUCGCCCUCUAUCACAGUACGAUAGAUGACGUGGUCGCAGAAAAGGCACUUGUGGAAGCCGACCUGGUGAAAGUUGAGUCAGAGCUCAAAGAAGUGGAGUCUCGACGUGGCUCGACUGUCGAGCGCUCGCCUGGGCCUGAAGCCCCGGGAGCGACCACACAAGAGCGAAGACAGGCCAAGCGCGAGACGGAUCUGGAACGCUCGCUUCGCAGACGCAAGACAGAUCUAUCGGGUCACCGCAGCAGAGUUUUCGCUCUCCUGCAUCCGCUUCAUCAUGCCACCGCUAGCAUCUACUUUAUGCUCGGGAAACCAGAGCUCGAGACUGAGCAUUACGACAAAGCUGCAGAAUUCGAGCGCGAGAUCCUCGAACCACACUUGACUGCCGUUGACGUUGCAAUCAGCCAGCUGGUAUCCAUCAGCAAGAGCGCCGAUCUCUCCAUUGAUGAUUUCGAAGUGUUGCCGACCGGCGAGAAGCCGGGCUUGCUCACAAGCGAGCACUGGGACCUCGCCGAAACCGCUAUCGACGCGGCCAACGGCUUAGCCGAGCUGAUCUGGGACUGGCGCUGUCAGAUUAUCAAGAUGGUCUCGCAGAGCGUCGAGCUGGCCGACCAGGAAGAUAUUGAGACCGCGUAUGCGACCACAGAAAACAAUCAGCAUCUCAUUUUGGUCUGGUUGGACAUAUUGUCAAUGACCAUGUUCGACUGGCGGAAUACACUCGAGGUACCAUCAAAAGGCGAAGCGAGCGCGGCCAUCAACGUUUCAGUCGUUGGUCAAGUCAAGACGGACGCAGCGACAAAGCAUAUCGAAAAUGAACUCUUUGCUGCCGAUCGUCGCGCACAGGCUGCACGCAAGGAAGACGCAGGAUCCAUCAUGCAGACUCCGAUCGUUCGCAAGCCGUUUGUAGCCAAGAGCGACAAUAUCGGGGAAAAGCUGCUUGAGAAGCUGUCCCAUCAGUCGUGCGAAGCUAUGCCUGCCUCCGUCGUGUCAUUGCGCGUCAUCAUUAAGGAUCUCAAGAGGCUGCUGGACUCUGAUCCUCCUGCAGCGGAGAAGAAGAUCAUCGCAACUGAGCACAAGCGCCUUCGUGCGGAGGUGACAAAGAAGAACAAGCUCUAUGACAAGCUCAGGGAGGAAUACCGAGCCAUCAAUAACGUCAUGCGCGCGCGUCAGCUUUACUACAAGGCUCUCGUCGAUCUUUCCGAUGAGACAGCUAUUUUGCCAGACGAGCAGCGCAGCCCCGGGUUCAUCAGCGCAAACGUGGCACUGUCGGACAAGCUUAUCGUCGACCUCACUCAGAGCAUCGCUGUCCAUCAAGCGCGAGUACGCUACAUCCACGCCAUCGGCGCCGGCGAGGAAGAUGACGAGCCUGACCAGUCCUGUCAAAUCUGCAUGGACGUACCCCAGGGUCGAGCAGUACUCACGAGCUGCGGACAUGUCUACUGUGCGACGUGCUGGAAGCUAUGGGCGCAGCAUAGCUCAAUUGUCACAUGUCCAUGCUGCCGUAAGACAUUAGGCGCUGGAGCAACGACUCAGUUCUCGACAUCACCUAAGAAAACAAAGCCGAAGACACAACUGGACGCAGCGAUCGAUGCUAUGAAAGCGCAGCCUCUUCAUGCAGCUUCAGUGGCAGAUAUCGACCAGACUGUUCAAGAACUUAACAGAAGCAGCAGUCUGACCGAGUUCGGCCUCAAUGUCUUAUCAACCGAAGAAUACGCUGAACUUACCGAGAUGCAAAUCAAUGGCGAGACACUCUCGUCGAAGCUCGAUCUCGUUGUCAAGAUCGCAUCGUGGCACGCUGAUCGGCAUGAAAAAGUCGUCAUCUUCUCAGCAUGGAAGGUAGCGAUCGACGUGCUUGCAACUGCACUGCGCGCCAAUCGCAUCGGCUCGAUGCGCCUUGACGGACGAUCCAACAAAGACAAGAUCAAUGCUGCUGCUGCUUUCGGUACUGACCCGCACGUCACUUGCUUCCUCUUGCAUGCCAAGAGUGCAGCUGCAGGCCUCACUCUGACUGCAGCUUCGGCGGUCCUGCUGGGCAAGCAAUUUCGUCGCUCUGUCUCUGUUGCGCUGACACAACGAUUUUCUGCAGUCGAGCCGCUGACGAGUCCAGCGAUCGAGCUACAAGCGGUAUCUCGAGUCCAUCGUAUGGGUCAAGAGAAGGAGACUCGCUGCUAUCAGCUUUUCUGCAAGGACACUGUCGACGAGCGCAUCGCUGCUGUCGUGGCGCAAAAAGGUCGUUCGCUGUUUUACGUCGAUGCUCCCAUCACCGCAGCAGCAGAAGCCGCUAAUCUCACCGAUGAUGUGGACGAAGAUGAGCUGGCACGGAUGCUGUUCGAUAAGCGAGAGAUUGCUGGAUUGCAGAAGGCACUCCUCUCGGACGUCAUGCAUCAGUCGCAGGAGGAAAGCAUGGAUCUUGAUGACAUCAGCCAAGUCAUGCUCAGAACCCCCACGCAAGAUGCGUAGCAGUGGAUAUGCAUGGCUUGCUUUUGGUUAUCAUACAACAAUGUCCUUGCUUGCUGCUGCUGCCACUUGACCCACGGCAGUCACGCGCCCGCACCAAUCUGUCAGUCUGACCCGUAGGCCGUCGAUCUGAGCCUUGUCGAGUACGCGAGGCUGAACCCAUGUGAUCGUCGCUGUCUGAGACACUUGAUCUAUAGAGCCUUGUACGAUUUUGAGUCUGGAG